UAGAUAUAUUUAAAACAACCAUGGCAAGCAAAAAAAGGCCUAUAGAUGAAGCUCGUAGUAGACUGACUCAAAAAAUCACUGAGGUGCAAAUGAAAACCAAAUUAAUUCAAGAUAUGGUUGAAAAAAUAUCAAAUGAGGCAGUCUUAAAUGCUACUAAAGUAUUGGAGUUGAAGAGUAAGAAAAAGUUUAUGAACAAAUAUUCAGCCUCAAGCCAACAACUUGAAGCUAGUCUUAAUCAACUUCUUGUGCUUUCUGACACUCUUGAGUCAUUUGGAAAUGACAGUUCUGAAUCUGACGAGAAAAGUAGUGAAUCAGAAGACGAUGACAAAAGUUUUGUUUCUGUUGCAACCUCCUUUGCAUCGCAAUGUAAUAUUUUUGAAAAAGAAGGCUGCUCUAAUAAAAAAUCAAUUCAAAAUGAAAAUAAAAGUCCUUGUGUGGAUGAAAAUAAAAAUGUAUUUUCUGUAUCAAAUCUAAAAAAACAUGGUUCUGAAGAAAGUGUGUUUUCAUCAGUUUCUACCUCUUGUGCUGCUGAAAGUUCAUUUUUUGCUGAAAGUUCACCUGAUAAAGAGAAAAAUGAACACAGUGUUUUAAAUCUAAAAAGGCAUGAUUCUGUUGAGAGUAUACAUUCAUCAGUUUCAGGAGCAAGCACAGUUACAGGUGCUGUGGAGAAUUCUGUUUCUAAUAUACAAGACAAAGAGAAAAAUGAACACAUGGCAUUAAAUUUGAAAAAGCAUGAUUCUGUUGAGAGUAUACAUUCAUCAGUAACUGGUGCUGUGGAAAAAUCUGUUUUGAAUACACUUAAUACAGAUGUUGAUGUGAAGCCUUUCAAAUGGGAAUCCAAUACAGUAUACCCAGUUAUUAUAUCAAAUGUCAAAUCACCUUGGAACUUUAAUAUUCAACUUGCUAAUCCAGAAAACGAUAUUAUGGAACAGUUAUGUCUAGAGUUCAAGAAAGACGCUGAAAAUGGUUACAGAGGUGGAAUUAAUUAUUUACCACCAAACAAUGUUUUUUGCUGUGUAAAAUCACCAGAUGAUGGUGCGUGGUACAGAGGAAAAAUAGUUCAAGUAUAUGCAGAAGAAGAUGAACAUGGAGAUAUUGUUUUGGAAGAUGUUUCAGUAAAAGUCUAUUUUAUUGAUGAAGGAAACAGUUCCAUAGUAUCUUUAUCCAGUUUGCGACCUCUUCACAAAAAGUUUUCAAAAAUUCCAAGUCACUCUUUUCAUUGUAUAUUAGGAGGGGUACAACCAGUUGAAGCACUUAAAAACACAAAUCUUACUUUCAGUAAACAUAAAACUGAUUUUUAUGAAUGUGAAAAGUUGUGGUCACAAGAAGCAACAAACUGGUUUAGAGAAACAGUUAAAGAGACCAUCGUGGCAGCAUUUUUUGGUUACCCACCAGAAAAUUCAUAUAGUCCGCCAAACAACAUAAGUCAAACAACACUGGUGUGCGAUUUAUAUAUCAAUACUAACCAGAACGUAAACUGGUGGAAAAGUUGUAGUCGACCACCCAUUGAAUCGAAUAUUUCUUUUAAAAUGAUUGAAAAAAAACUUGCAUCUGUUUGUACAUAUUUUUCAUCAGAGCUAAUUAAUCAAAAAUUGCUUGUUGACAAAACUGAUAUUGCUGCUAAAAGUACAGAGCUUCCAAAAACAACAAAUAAAAAGGUAAGCCAAUAUACAGUUGAGAUAUCUGAAAAUGUAACAGCUACUGGCAAUAAAUAUAUAUUUAACAGUUUAAAAAAAGAUGAAGAUAUUUCUAAUAAAAAUGCAACUUGCAAUUUAAAAACAUUUCCAGGAAAAAUUAAAGACCAACAAAUUGCAGUUCCAAACUCCACGGCUUCAAACUCCAAUAAAAGUAACUUUUUAAAAAUAAAUUACUAUAGUUCAAGUAAAAAUGAAUUAAAUAAUGAUAAAAAAAGAGAACCCUUUGGUAAAGUAACUGAAAAAAAGAAAAAAGCAAAAGUUGAGACACCAAGUACUAGAAUGAUAAAUAGAUUUCUGGGGUCAGGUUCUAACAACGUUCAAGUAAGCAUAAAUGACAAAAGUUCAUGUAUAAGUGAAUCAAAUAAUAGUAAAACAAAGGAACUUGACGAUAAGCAAAUUGAAAAUGAAAAAAAUAAAAGAGCUGAGUCUGCAAUACACAUAUUUAAAACUGUGACAAUAAACUCUAAUAAUGUAGACCAAAUAAAUGAUAACUCAAACAACAUUACCCAAUUAAAAGAAAAUUCAAAUAACAUUAAUCAAGUAAUAAAUAAGUCAGACAACAUUGUCCAACUAAAAGAUAACUCCAAUAAAAUUGACCAAGUAAAAGGUAGUUUAAACAAUGUUGACCAGAUAGUUAGUUUCAAUAAUAUUGACAAUGUAGAAGAUAUUUCUAACAACAUUGACCAAGUAAAAGAAAAUAAUCAAAGAUAUGAAGAAGUAAAAAACUCAAGUAAAAAUGAUUUAAGUAUUUUUAAAGAAAGUGUAUUUAUAGAAAAAAUAAAUCGAAAUAAUCAACUUGAUAUUAUAGCUACAAGUUGCAAUAGUAUUGACCAAAUAAGUCACGAACAUAGUUCAACAAAAAACCAAAAAAAUCUUUUCACAAUAGAGUUUUCAAACAAUCAACCUACUGAGUCGGAAAAUGUAUAUGUUUUUGGAAAAGAAUUUCUAGAAAAAGAUUUAGUAAAAACUGAUGAAGAUUUUAUAAAAGUUUUUGUAUCUCAUGUUGUCAAUCCGGGGAAAAUUUAUGUUCAUGUGAUCACCCCAGAAGUUUGUUUUUUUGAUGAAAGGAAUUUAAAGUUAAAUGAAUUCUACAAUGCUAAUUCUGAUAAAAUACGAAAAUAUAAGCUGCAAGACCCAUAUAGUCCAAACACAGCAGUUGUUGCUUGUUUAGAAGAUAACCAAUGGUAUAGAGCUGUUGUGCUAACAUGUUUUAAAACUGAUGGUUUAUAUGAUGUAUUAUGUGUUGAUUUUGGAUUUGUUAAAAGUGCAGCUGAAGAAAAUAUUCUUCCUAUUGUUCAGCAGUUUUGUGAGUUUCCAAUGGAAACUGUAGCUUGUUGUCUAGCAGAUAUACAGCCACUUCCUUCCUCGAUUACAAUGCAAAAGAAACAUGUUUCAAACCAAAAGGAAGAAGAAAAUGAUGCAUAUUCUUACACUAGUGAACAAAAAACAAACAGUGACUGGUCGGAACAAUCUAUUUUUAAACUUAAAAGCAUGAUUAUGAACGAAAUUUUAAUGGCUUCAUUAAAGUCUCCUACUAAAAACUCAGAUGGCUUUUAUGAAAUUUACUUAUAUGACACAAAAGGGGAUAAAGAUAUAUUUAUUAACCAAUCCCUUGUAGAUGAUGGGUUUGUUACUUCAAAUGUAUUCCAUCGGAAUGCUUCUCAAAACAAUAUACAAAAAGAAAUUGAUGAUGAGGUGGUUGAUUUGAUUUCUGAAAGUUCAGAAGAUUUUGUUAUGACAUCAUGGAAUCCGAUGGAUGAGCAAUAUAGUUCAAACAAAAAUGCUUACUCUGUUGACACAGACGACCCAGAAGUAGCUACACUUGGUUUUGUUAAUACAGGAAAGAAAAUAUGCUAUAAUUUUUCUCGCUUUGGUACCUGUUGUUAUGGUGAAAAUUGCUGGAACCUUCAUGUUGCUCCAAAUGAUCCAAAAUUAAAUAAAACUGAAGUUUUUUCUUAUGAGCAUGUUGUUGAUCUUCCCGAACUUGGGGAAUGGGCUGCAGUUACAAUAACAUCAGUCCUUGAUCCAACACAUUUUUGGAUAACAUUUCCAUAUGGACUUGGCAUUGAUGGUUUGUAUGAUAAUACAUGUAUUCCAAAGACUAAAACAUGUGGUAGCUUGGAUGCAUUGAACGCUCUGAAUAAAAAGAUAAAUGAAUACUAUUCCCAUUCAAGUCGUAAUUAUGAAACAGAUCUUACCAUACUCGCUGAAUGUGAAUUAAUUGCUUCAAAGUUUGAUGAUAAUUGCUGGUAUAGAUCAAAAGUAUUGAGUUAUGCUGAUGGAGUUGUUCAGGUUUUAUUUGUUGACUAUGGAAAUACAGCUGUUGUGAUGGAGCGAGACACCCGCAAACUUCAUCCAGAGUUUUUGCAUUUACCUUUUCAAGCUGUUGAAUGUUUUCUCAAUAACACAAUGAUGUCGUAUAAAGAUUUUUUUAAUGUUGAUGGGUUAAGUCAUGAUGAAAAAUUAAAUCUUUUGAGGCUAAAAUUUGCUGAAUUAUAUGCUGAUAAAGUUUUAAUGGCUCACAUUAUUUCAAGACAUAGCAAUAAUACUCUCGUAGUCGAGUUGUAUGAUACUUCUACACAGAUACAUACUCAUAUAAAUCAGUUUAUACGCACAUGGGAUGGAGUAGUUUCUACUCAGCGUACUACCAAUAAACGAAAUCUUGACAGAAUUCUCAAAGAAGAAGCAACAGUUAACUAUAUACCUGGGUAAAUUUCUAGGUUUUGAGUUUUCAUUAGUUUCGAUCUUGCAUUUGAUGUAGAUUUGAAUUAACGGUUGCGUUUUUUUAUAGUUUUUGUUUGACAUACUAAAAAAGUUUUAUA